UCCUCCCAUUCGGCCACUGCCCUGCUCCCUCUUCCUCUCCCUCUCUUCUCCCCUCUCCUUUAGGGCAAUCCACAUUGGUGGUCUUCUUGAGUGGUUUCUGGCCACUUUUCUGUAAGAAAACAAGAAACCGUUAGUGGGUUUCUUCCUCCUCUUUUUCUUCUCUUUCUUUUGUUUUUCUCUUGGGGGGAUUCGCAGUGAGUUGCAGAGAGGGGAAAGAGGUUUGGGGGGGGGAUAAUAAUGGCGGUCUGUUUCUUGCAUUUCUUGGUGGUGCUCUUGCCGCUGGUGCAUGGUGGGCAUGACUACGGGCAGGCGCUGAGCAAGAGCAUCCUCUUCUUCGAGGCCCAGAGAUCCGGCUACCUCCCCAGCACCCAGCGCGUCACCUGGCGUGCCAAUUCCGGCCUCCAGGAUGGGAAGGCCAACGGGGUGGACUUGGUCGGAGGGUACUACGACGCAGGGGACAAUGUCAAGUUCGGGCUGCCGAUGGCCUUCACCAUUACCAUGAUGUCAUGGAGCGUGCUCGAGUAUGGCAGGCAGAUGGCCAACAAUGGGGAGCUCCGGCACGCCAUGGAUGCUAUCAAGUGGGGUACCGACUACUUCAUCAAGGCCCACCCCGAGCCCUACGUCCUCUACGGCGAGGUAGGGGAUGGAAACACAGACCACUACUGCUGGCAGAGGCCCGAGGACAUGACGACGUCGCGCUACGCCUACCGGAUCGACACCAACAACCCGGGGUCGGACCUUGCCGGAGAGACGGCGGCGGCCAUGGCCUCGGCAUCCAUCGUCUUCCGCCGUUCAAACCCUGCCUACUCCAAUGAGCUUCUUAACCACGCGAAGCAGCUUUUCGACUUCGCGGACAAGUACAGGGGUAGAUAUGACAGCAGCAUCACGGUUGCACGGAAAUACUACCAAUCAGUCAGCGGAUACGCUGAUGAAUUGCUAUGGGCAGCUGCAUGGUUGUAUCAGGCUACUAACGAGCCCUACUAUCUAAACUACCUUGGGGAAAAUGGAGACUCCCUUGGUGGAACUGGAUGGGGCAUGACUGAGUUUGGGUGGGAUGUCAAAUACGCUGGUGUGCAGGUUCUCGUUUCCAAGUUUCUAAUGCAAGGGAAGGCAGAUCACCAUGCUCCUGUUUUUGAAAGGUAUCAGCAGAAGGCUGACUUCUUCAUGUGUGCGUGCCUUGGCAAAGGGACCAGGAAUGUUCUGAAGACUCCAGGCGGUUUACUGUUCCGUCAAAGGUGGAAUAACUUGCAGUUUGUGACUAGCGCUGCUUACCUACUAACCGUUUAUUCUGACUACCUCUCAUCUGCUGGGAAAUACUUGCACUGUCCUGGCGGAUCAGUUUCUCCAUACGAGCUUCUUGCGUUGGCGAAAUCCCAGGUGGACUACAUCCUCGGUGAUAACCCAAGGGCUACAAGCUACAUGGUGGGAUAUGGCAAUAACUAUCCACGCCAAGUGCACCACAGGGGCUCAUCCAUCGUCUCUAUUAAGGUGAACCCAACAUUUGUCAGUUGCAGAGGAGGCUAUGCGACCUGGUUCAGCAGGAAGGCAAGUGACCCUAACCUCCUGGAUGGUGCCAUUGUUGGUGGCCCAGAUGCCUACGAUGAUUUUGCUGAUGAAAGAGACAACUAUGAGCAAACUGAGCCUGCUACAUACAAUAAUGCACCACUUAUUGGUGUAUUAUCUCGCUUGCACGGCGGCAGUGGUGGAUACAAUCAGCUUCUUCCAGUAAUGCUUCCGACUCCUGUAGCAUCAACUCCAAAGCUGCCAUCUCCUGCACCAGUAGUUUCCAGGCCGCCUACAUCGAUGCCACAUCAAAGGAGAUCCCCUUCCUCUCAUGCGAGCUACUCUCCAAUAUCUGUAUCUCAGCAAGCAACUGCCUCCUGGAACUUCAAGGGUCGAACCUACUACAGGUACUCCACAAUUGUGACAAACAAAUCAGACAAGACAGUGAAGGACCUGAAGCUUGCAAUAUGGAAGCUGUAUGGCCCUCUGUGGGGCUUAUCCAAGUAUGGAAAUGAAUACUAUUUUCCUACAUGGAUCACCGCAUUGCCGGCUGGAAAGAGCCUUGAGUUUGUCUAUAUCCAUGCUGCUGAUCCUGCCGAAAUUUCAGUUUCGGGCUACACUCUAGCCUAAAGUCUCUGCCUUCAGAACAACAACAACCAUCAUCAGGACCUUUUUUUCUCCUUUUGGUCUCAGUUCGGCUUUGCCUUUCUUUGUUUAUGUAUGUAAGGAUGUGCAGUGUAUACUGUAAGCAUAGUGCAGGCAGAAUAUCUGGUAUCUUGGUGGGAGGGAUGAAGUUUAGAUAGAUAUCCAGUGACUUCAGGGGAUAAGAAUAAAAAUGAAGGGUUGGGGGAGAAAGGAGUGAAGAGACUUGAAGUGUGCUCAUCCUCUUUCUCCUCCCCUCAUUUUUUUGUGUGCCUUCUUUCUCCUCAUUUGUUUAGUGUGAGAGAGAAAGAGGGAGAUGGAGAGAGAUUUGGAGGGCAAAGGGGCCUCUCCAAAAUGUGGGGUGUGUUUGUGUUGAGUCUUUGAAUCAUGUCUACCAGGAAAGGUGGGCUUGCGUGUAUGUUAGGCAGCCACUUCUGCCUCUUUUGAGUUUUUUUCUUUUGCCCUUUCUCGACAUAGAAAAGAUGGUUAUCAAUGCAAUAGUUUCUGUUUUUGUAA